AUGCUCAAGGGAGCGCUCUCAUCGCUGCUUGCUCCUCUCCUGGGUAUUUCGGUUGCCGUAAGCGACUCGCUGGCUGCUGCCCCAACAGGUGGUAGCAUUGCGGUGGUCGGAGCCAGCGGUGGGACCGGUAAGGAGUGUGUCAACGCACUUGUCCGACGAGGAAUCCCUGUCCGUGCAAUCAUCCGGGCGAAGACGAACAGCAAGGGGAAGGAUUUUGUGCUGGAGGGGGACAGCUCGCUGGUAUCUGAGGUGAUUGGGGACAUUACGUCUCCCGAUACCCUCCGCGAUUCCUUGAAAGGUUGCAAGGCGCUCAUCUUUGCCGCCAGUGCAUCGAAGAAAGGAGGAGACCCUAAACAGGUGGACUAUCAGGGCCUCUUGAACUGUGCUCAGCUGUGCAUCGACCAGAACAUCGAAAGACUCGUUGUGGUCAGCUCUGGCGCUGUGUCCAGACCGGAUUCCGCUGUGUACAAAUUUCUCAACUUGUUCGGAUCCAUCAUGUACUGGAAGAUCCAAGGCGAGAAUGAGAUGAAAGGCAUGUACAAAUCAGCAAGGGAGAAGAAUCCGUCGUUUGCAUGCUCCUACACCAUCGUUCGUCCCGGUGGCUUGACUGAGGGCGCUGCACUAGGGGUCAGCUCCGUGGAACUGAACCAGGGGGAUACGAAAUCGGGGAGGAUCGCGCGCGCUGACGUGGCGGAGAUCUGUGUUGAGAGCAUUUUUAGCAAGGAUGCGGCAGACACGACCUUCGAGUGCUACUACAAAGACACCGCAAAGCCAUUGGAGGGAGUUGGUCUAUCCAACCUGUUCAAGAAGAAGACGUCCGACACUGAAGCUCAGAGUAUCAUGACGGGAAAGGAGCGGCAGGCCGACUCGUGGCCCAAGCUCUUUGCGGGCCUUGACAAGGACGUGUAGGCCUCCAUCCCAACUUUAGCCUUGCAGCUGAGCCUUGUCGAACCUCAACAUGCCAUGAUGAAUGAUUGAACUGAGGUGACCCCUAACUUGUGCCGGUUUCCAAGUUUCAGUAAUAAAUGGUUAAUCGCCC